AUGCCACCAAUUUCCAAGAAUAUGGGAAUAUUGAAACCGUUCCAACUCUUGGAAAUAAACGUCAUUUCCGCGCAGGACUUGGAACACGUUUCCAAGAAAAUGAAGACCUAUGCGGCCGCGUGGGUCCACCCUACACGGAAACUUGCCACGGGUGUUGACGUUGAAGGUGGUAACAACCCAACGUGGAAUGACAAGUUUAUUUUUCGUGUGGACGAGGAAUUCCUCCGGCAUGACAAUUCCGCCGUCCACAUCGAGAUUUAUUCCGUCCAUUGGUUCCGAGACUCUCUCGUUGGAAUGGUUCGCGUUCUCGUCAGAAACUUAAUCCCUCCGAUUAGAACGCACCUCCGUACUCAUCAUCAUGGAAUGCAUUUUGUUGCACUUCAGGUUUGUCGUCCAUCAGGACGUCCUCAAGGUAUAUUGAACAUUGGUGUGACAUUACUCGAUAGCUCGAUGAAAAGUAUGCCAUUGUACAGACAAAUGAGCACGUCAGCAAUUGCAUAUCGCGAUUUGAUGAAAGAUCAAGACGCACACCCUACACACAACAACGAGAUCAAACAGAACAACAACAACAAUAAUAAUAAUAUUGAUGCUUCAAAACCUAUAUUACGUCGAAUAAAGAGUGAAUGUGGCGAACGUAUGGCGUUGGACGAUAUUUCCAUUGAUAAUAGUUCAAUAGUUGCAAUUCCCUCAAAAACAAAGGGUGAAGAUCAUGAAAAAGAGAGUUCAAUACUUAGUAUUUCAUUUGAACCUCCAAUUCAUAUGAUGAAAAAAAAGGGAAAAAAAAGUUCUGUUAUAAAUGGAGCUGAGCUAAUUAAUGAGAAAUCAAAAAUAGAAAAUAAAAAAGGUAAGGCAAGUUCUGUUUUAAGUGAUUCAAUUGUAAGUAAAGGGUCAUCUAUUUAUGAUAAGCCCAGUAAUGAAAAGCCCAAUCCCAAAUUCAAACUUAUUGAAUUAGAAAUGGGGCCCAAAGAUGAGCCCAUAAAUGGAAAAGGGUCGGGCUCUGACCCACCAACAACUAAAAUAAUGGAUGAACAGUCUGUUACAAAGCCCAUUAUGAAGAUUUAUGGAAAUGAGUUUGGAGUCCCAAAAGGUCCAUUGUCUGAAUCAGAACUUGGGCCUUCAGCAUCUGUAGUGGCUGCUGCAUUAGUUGAAAGGAGAUAUCCAUUGGAUGACAAAAGGAGCUCAGUGUUGGAUGGUUGGAGUGUCGACGAGAGAACUGACGGGCUCAGGUCGAAGCUCGAGAGGUGGAGGACCGAGCUCCCUCAGAUACAAAACCGAGGGACGGGCUCGAGUAGCUACCAUUCGACUGGACGUCACCCUAGAAGGCGUUCGAAUGGAGGGAGUAGCUUGUUUUCUUGCUUUGGUAAUAUUUGUGGGUAUGAAUGCCAAUGCAUUUGUGGAAAGCCCAAAAGAAAAAGUAUUAAUAACAAAAAGUAUAGAAGCCCAUCAACUGUUAGCAGAUCAUUGUUUUGAAAGCU